CUAAUACUAUUUCCUAUUGUCUCUGUAUAUUUUCCAGGUGUCCUGUCUUCUAACCAACUUGUCCAGUCUGAUUCAGCCGUGAUAAAGCCGGGGAACUCCCAUACACUGACCUGUCAGGCUUCAGGAGGAUUCACCUUUGGUGGUUAUGCUAUGGCAUGGAUCAGACAGUUAUCUGAUGGAAAGUUACAAUGGUUGUGUUAUAUUGGUAGCGGUGGGGAUACAGGCUAUAAUGAUGCUGUUAAAGGGAGAUUCACAACCACCAGCGAUAAUAACAAUAACAAGCUGACUCUGAAAACGGACAACAUGAAAAUAGAAGACACUGCCGUGUAUUACUGUGCAAGAGACACACUGAUGGAGAAUAUAUCUUUCCUGUAA